AUGGGUUCAUCCGCUCAAGAUGAUCACCAGGAUGAGAUCAAAAAGUUUCUUGAUGCAAGAUAUGUCUCGGCAUCUGAAGCCUGUUGGAGAAUCAUGUCUUUCCCUAUGCAUAAGGAAUACCCCUCUACAGAGCGCCUUCGUACACUUCCAGAAACAACCCUGACAGCUUGGUUCAAGUACAAUCUCAAAAAUCCUGAAGACAACGAAGCUAAGCAAACUUUGUAUCCGGACUUCUGUGAAAAGUACGUUUUUCAUAAACAACAGAACCCAAGAGUUUGGAGACCUAGACGUUCAGGUUUUGGUGGAGCCAUUGGCAGAGUCUACGCUGUAUCUCCAAAAGAUAUUGAAAAGUAUCAUUUAAGAAUCCUAUUGUAUCGAAUUCCAGGAGCAACAUCCUUUACCUACAUGCAAACGUACAAUGGCCGUGUCUAUCCGUCUUAUCAGGCUACUGCCAGAUUGAAUCACAGACUGCAUCUAGCCGAGGACUAUCUGUAUCGUAGGCAACAAAAGGCAAGAGCUCUGAAUCAACCUGUUCCCACUGAAAUAACAACAGAUGAGAUGUAUGGCCACUGCCUUCUUGAUUUGAAUCAAAUUUUGGUUGCCAACCAAUUUGAUUUGAAAACUAUGGAUGGUUUCAAGAACGUUUUCCCUACUGUUGAUACCAGGGAUAAUCAUGCUUACCCUGAGGACUCUACCCCGCUGGAAAGGAUGCAUGCCACUCUGCUAAUUGAAGCCUUGGAAGCUCCUGACCCAAACUCUUUGCCAUUCAAUCCAAGCCAAUUGAUAGCUUGCAAUGCCAUUCAACGUUGCGCGUUAGCUGACGAAAACUAUGAUGCUGCACAGUCCAAACUGUUUUUUAUUGACGGGCCUGGCGGUACUGGGGAAACUUUCAUCAUCAAUACUUUGUUAGAUGCCGCUCGCAAACAAAAUCAUAUUGCAAUUGCAGUUGCUUCAACAGGAACGGCGGCUCUGCUGCUGAAAGGAGGUCGAACUGCCCACACUACCUUUAAAAUACCUAUCGACACCUCAUCUACAACAAUGUGUGAUUUUACACCAUCCUCUGAAAUAGCUCAAUUCAUCAAGAGAGCAAGGCUGGUUAUAUGGGACGAGUGUUCCAUGAUUCGAAAAGACUUGAUUGAAACUGUAGACAAAACCUUCAAAGACGUGAUGAAAAACAGCUUACCUUUUGGUGGCCGCUUGAUCGUUUUCGCUGGCGAUUUUCGUCAAGUUUUCCCAAUCGUCCCAGGUGCAAGCAAAAAAUUCAAGCUGGAAACUAACAUGCGAGUGCAGCAAGCACUUGAAGACAACAAUCAGGAUUUAGCCAACCAGAUACAACAGUUUUCUAGCUAUUUACUACAAAUUGGUGAACGAAAAGUUAGAACGGUGACAUUACCUAGGGACAUUAUUCCUUCGGAUUUUGUGCGUAUCCCAGAUGAAAUGUAUUUCAAUUCUACCAACUUGCUGGAUUUGCUAGCUGUUGUGUUUCCAAACAUCAACAAUAGCUCAACGAUUGACCAUUAUUUUGCAAAACGUGUUAUAUUAACCCCAAAGAACCAAGAUGUCUCAGUCAUAAACAAUCUGCUACUUGACAACUUGCCGGGAAGAAAGUUCACUUAUUAUUACAGCUAUGAUCAAGUCUGUGAUCCUCAAUUUCGAAUACAGGUGCCUCUCGAGCUUCUCAACUCCAUAGAAUCUGGCUCUCUGCCUCCACAUGAAUUGGUUUUGAGAGUUGGGUCUCCAAUAAUGAUCUUGAGAAACUUAGAUCCUUCAGCUGGAUUAUGCAAUGGAACCAGGCUAAUCGUGAAAUCUUUGGGUGUUAGAAUAAUUGAAGCCACCGUUGCCACAGGGCCAAAAGCAGGUGACGUUGUGUAUAUCCCAAGGAUCAAGUUUAUCACAGAAGCCAACCGAAGAAUUCCCUUCGACUUCAGUUGCACCCAGUUUCCUGUGAGAUUGGCCUUUGCCAUGACUAUAAACAAAUCAUCGCAGGGCCAAACAUUAUCUAACGUUGGAUUAUAUCCUCCCUCUCACGUCUCCUCGCAUGGUCAGUUGUACGUCGCAAUGUCAAAGGUCAGUAAGCCAUCAUCGAUAAGAAUCAUGGUUGAUCCUGAUAUUUCUGUACUGGAAAACGUACCUGGCCACUAUACACACAAUAUAGUAUACUCUGAGGUCUUUCAAUAA